GUAAACAAGGAAGUUGACGUACGCUUUAGUUCCAUCAAUGAAAACGAUGUUGUAGAUGUGGCGUUGCAGAGGAGCAGUCUGCGCCACAUACACACAUUUUCUGUAUCUCAACUUCAGUUCCUAUGUCAUAAUGAAAGCAGCUAGAAGCAAUACGCUGGGUGCUGCAGCAUCCAACAACAAGGUCAAGUAUUCACGGCUGGCUGCUGACGACGAUGGUUACAUAGAUUUACAGUUCAAGAAAAGCCCCCCGAAGGUCCCUUACAAGGCGAUUGCACUGGCGAUAUUCCUGUUUUUGAUUGGCUCCUUAUUGAUAAUCUUCGGGGCUCUUCUCCUCUCAGGAACCAUAGAGGUGGAGCAUCCGGACCGCACCAUCCCUGUUAUCAUCAUAGGGCUGCUCGUUUUCCUGCCUGGAUUUUACCAUUUGAGAAUCGCCUACUUUGCUGCCAAGGGUUACCGUGGUUACUCCUAUGAAGACAUCCCAGAUUUUGGCGACUGAGCCGAAAAAUCAGCUGCUGAUUGGUGGAGAAUCCCUUUAUGAAAACUGUUACCAGCUCUUUACUUUGAGCUUCUGAAUGAAUGUAGCAAAAAAAAAAACCUGAUCGCUGUUCAGCCAUAGAGACGUUUGUUUAUUCACAAGUGCACUGCUGCAGGAUUUAACUUUUUUUUUUUGCAAUCAUUUUAUAAUCUGUUUUUGUUUUGUUCUGCUCCUUGAAGCUCGACAGACCUUAGAGGCUUUUUAUAUUCAACUUAAUUAACAGUGAAUCAAAUACUAAAUGAGCAGAGGAUGUGAGACCAGUGAGUUCAGCAACAUGUUGCUCUUGAACACUACUCACCACUCAUUGAAGACCUGAUGAUAAACCUAGCCAGGAGUCUGCACUGAUGCCUUUUGGAAACUACUGCUAUGAAACCCAUAAUCGAGAUAACUGAGAAUCUUAAGUGUUAACUUUUGCACAGCUGUUUUGUAGUGUACCUUUAAGAAAUAUUUAUCUGUAUAGUUGAAAUUAUAUCACAAGGGAGGGGGGACUAUAUUUCUCCUGAAGGAUUGUAUUUGCAGUAUUGUCCAAAGAUUGAUAACUUUGUUAAAGUGAAGACUAUUUUUGAAUGGAGUGUAUUUCUUUCUCUAUGAAGUAUUGCUGUUUGUGCAUAUUCAUUUACUUUUGAAUAUCACAGAAACAUGUAUUUUUUACAUACAUAUGCUUGAUUUGAACCAAAUAAAUUAAAUUUCAUGAUUGGAGG